AGAUACAUCUUCUCCAACUGAGAUGGCUUUCCUGGGAAAGAAGUUUGAAGAAGUCAUCACUUCCAGCCUAGUCUCACCUUCAAAGAAACUGAAAGGUGACUUUGAGGACGCAGUAGAUGGGGAUUCUUCUGGCUUUGUAGUAGGAGGAAACAUUCAUCAUCCCCGAAUUCCGGCUCAGCCUGUGUUCUCACAACUGCCAGGAUCACCUCUGAACAGAAAGAUUGAGCAGAAAAGGUCAACUGCAAGUUCAUCAUCAUCAUCAUCACCUAUGCCAUCAGAGUCAUCGCUACAGAUGGAAGUGGCAGCAUCUACUGUGACAUCAGCAGGCCUAUCAGCAGGCCUAAAGUUCUCUGCAGCACCUUCAACCUCACGUGAGAAGGAAACAGACUACACGGAUGAUGUAAGGACAGAUGGUGCAGCACCAGAGGAGGCAGAUAUGUCAAUGGAGGACGCAACCAUCCCAGACAUGGGUGAUGGUAGUGUAAGGCCAAAAGAAACAAGACAGGACAACACUCCAUCAACAGAUGAUGGAAAAGAAGGAGUACAUCCUACUGAGGAUGUGAUCCUCCAAGUGUCUGGGUUUUCUCCUGACCAAAUCCAGUUGGUGGAAAUGUACUUUGAGAACACAAGAAGAUCAGGAGGGGGAGAAAUGAAGAGCUUCGAAAUCAGAGAUGACAAAGCUUUCAUCAUCUUCAGUGAUCCAGCAGCUGCUAAGCGUGUACAGGCAAGAGAGCACAAGAUUGGACAGUCAACACUUCACGUUGAAGUAGUAAGGCCAAAUACAGCAACCAACACAAGAGAGCUCCCACUUCAUAGUAGUUUCCUUCUUGUAAAGGGUCUUAAUGAGAGUACGUCCAGAGAAACCCUUUUGCUGUACAUGGAGGCCAUCAGUGGGGAUACUGUUGAAGACAUUGUCUACAGUUCACAACCAGGGCUGGCCUUGGUUACAAUGGAUUGUAUAACUAACUUUGACAGAAUGGCUGCCAAGGCUGCUGUGAAGCCACUUGAAGGCAGGAAUCUGACAGUGGAGAGGGUCCCAGUGACUGAUGCCAUCAUAGUGACAGGCCUGCCUGACAACACACCAAAGGACCUAGUGGAGCUGUAUUUCGAGAAUGCCAACAGGAGUGGGGGAGGGCCAAUCACUGAGGGGAGGACCAAGUACAACCCAACCAGUGGAACAGCCAUUAUACACUUUGAUAGUCCAGACACUGUCAACACAGUCCUACAACAAGAACACACACUGAGCAACACUGCUAUCACAGUGAAGCCUUACUACGAGUGCCUGGGAGAGACACUGGAUGACCAUGACCCUGCAGCAUUCAAACUCCCUGACCCCAUCCAAGUGGAGGUCAAUGCUGAUGUAAUGAACUUCAUCUCUUCCACUGAAACGUACAUGAAAGAACUCACAAAAAUGAUGGAGGACAUCCAUGCAACUGUGGACUGGAACCCAAGUCUUGGAAGAGUUGUUGUCGUGGCCCCAACAAUGACCCCUGCACUGAAAGACGUCCACAAGGUCAUCCAGGAUUGGGCACAGAGAAGCCAGACGUGUAUAGAAGAGUAUCUCAAGAAGUUUCGGGCAGUUCAGUUUUCUGUGGCCCCAAACAUUUGGAAGCAUGCUAAAGAUAAGGAAAAGAACAUAGUUGAGAAUAUUGCCACAUCCAACAGAGAAGCUGUCUGGGUUGAUGGAUAUGACAACGAAGAAGGUGGUGGAUCUAUAGAGAUCACUGGGACAGUGGAGGCAGUUGCUGAGGCUUCUAAGCAGUACAAAGCCAUGGUUGAUGAGAUAGAGACACACCUGAAAAGAGAGGCAUCCAUCGUGACAGACCGCAUCUCUAACGUCAAGGCUGCGAGGCUGAAGCUGCUAGACAUGCACAACUUUCCUUCCAAACAUCCCAACUUAGAAAUACAACUUCACAUUGACAGAGAGGAAGUGUAUUUCAAGGGUCAGCAGGCACUGGUCACCAAUGCCAAAAUCAAAGCUUACGAAGUUCUGAACAGUUUGAUAGAAGAAAGAAUCCACCUGUCUCGUGGAAUACGAGAAUAUCUUUCGUCAAACAAGGGAAGAGCGUUCGUAGAAAGGUCCUUGCAGGAGCAAGAAAUCGUUGCAACUUGUAGCACAGACAGUGCUGAAGUUAUGAUUCUGGCAGUGGAUCCUGAAGACGUACAAAGUGCAAAACACUUGUUACAACAGAGUAUAUCAGAGACAAAAAUUGAUGUUCCUGAAGAUAGUCAAGACCUGCUGGACACCCGUGGAUGGGCUGAUCACAUUGGACACUUAAAAGACAUGUUGGCAAUUGACAUCCAUGCUGAUACAACAGGCAGUGUGUGGAUUGUUGGGCCUUCAGAAAUUGUGCCUUCGGCAAAAGAAGAAGUUAACAACUACAUAGCAAACAACACCAUUGUCAAUAUUAACAUGGAUGUUGGUGAGGGGUGUAUGAAGUUUCUUCAGGAAUAUCAUCGCAGUGCCAUCAAUAGAAUAGAGAAAAAGCUGAUGGACCAUAAAGUAAAGAUAACUCAAACUGGGAAAGGCUUCAUACUUCGAGGUACCAAAGAGGGAACACAGACUGCCAAGGCUGAGCUGCAGGACCUUGUGUCAGCUGUACUGAUAGACACAAUGCCGAUAACUAAGCCAGGAAUGUACAAGUUCUUCAAAGAGAAUAUGGGAAGGGUGCUGCUCAAGGUCAUAGAGAGAGAAGAGAAGGUGGUGAUCUCAACAGAGGACAUUCGGGAAGGUGCAGCAGCGUCUGGUGCUGGAGGGGCAGUCUCUAGAUCUGCCCCUAAAAAAAUCUGUAGUGUGACAACCAAGGAAAGGAAGAAGCUGUUUGUCUGCCAGGGAGACCUGACUGCUCUACAGGUGGACGUCAUUGUUAAUGCAGCCAACAGAAGACUGAAUCACGUAGGGGGUCUGGCCGCAGCUGUAGUGAAAGCAGGAGGCAAGGAGAUCCAGAGGGAUUGCGAAGCCCACAUCAGGACCUCAGGCGAGCUGAACGAUGGAGAAGUCAUGACCACCAAACCUUACAGACUGCCCUGCAAGAUGGUCGUCCAUGCUGUUGGACCUCAGUGGAAGUCAGAUUUACCUGAAGAUGAGAAGAGUGGAAAACAAGCUGAUCUGCUCCGGGCAGUGUUCAGCUCACUUCAAGAGGCUAAAGACUUCCACAGCAUUGGUGUACCAGCUAUCAGCUCAGGUGUCUAUGGCUAUCCAAUUGAUUUAUGCGUGAGUACAAUCCUGGAGGGAGUGAUGAUGUUCUUCAACAUGUAUCCUAACAGCAAGUUGUCAGAAGUGUACUUCACAGAAAUGGAUGCAAAAAAGACGAGUGCCUUCAAAGCUGAGAUGGUGAAGAGGUUUGGUAUGGAUUGUGUCACAACAGUGACAGAUGGUAGUAGUGGGUCAGUCUCCUCUGGAGCUGCCGCCAUGCCAGGCCCGUCUGGUAUUGGCAGGGAGAGGGCUUCUGCACACAAACAACCUGCAGCAUCCAACACUGGACAUGGGGACUCCAUCAAGACUGCAGAAGGUCUUACUCUGCAGCUGAAGCAGGGAGGCAUUACUGCUGAGCAGGCUGAUGUUUUGGUGAACACAGUUGGAACAGAUCUGGAUCUGGGACAAGGAGGUGUGGCAGGUGCCUUCCUGAAGGCAGGGGGACCUGAGCUACAACAGCUCUGUAGUGCUCAUGGAAAAGCCAAGCCAGGGGAUGUAGUUGCAACACAGUCUACUGGAGGGCUUAUCUGUCAGCAAGUGUACCAUGCAGUCAUCCCUUGGUGGAAGAACACAGACACUCCUCUACGUACAGUCAUCCAAACCUGCCUGACCAUGGCCCAUAACAGUGGGUUCACUUCCAUUGCCUUCCCAGCCCUGGGCACAGGGAACCUGGGAUAUCCCAGGAACGUUGCAGCCAGCGCCAUGUUUGAGGAAGUUGCCAACUUCAGCCAAGCAAAUGCUAGGACAUCACUGAAGCAUGUCAGCAUCGUUGUGUAUGACCAGCCAACUGUACAAGCGUUUGAGGCAGAACUAAGGACAAGACAGGGGUUGCCAGGAGCAACAGGGUUGCCAGGAGCAACAGGGUUGCCAGGGGCAACAGCUGUGACAAGAGACCCUUCAGUAUCAGGUUUCUAUUCAGCUGUGACAAGUCCACUGCCCAACCAACAGCAGAUGACCAUUGGAAAUGUCACCCUGCAGAUCCAGCAGGGUGACAUCACCACAGAGACAGUGGAUGCCGUUGUUAUACCUACCAACAACAUGCUUCGUCUAGAUGCAGGUAUAGCUCAGGUUGUUUCCAAAAAGGCUGGUGGUGGCCUCCAAGCAGAGUGCCUUGCUCACAUCCUGCAAUAUGGUGAACUCCAGAAUGGAGCUAUAGCUAUAACUGGUGCAGGAAGCCUUCCAUGUAGACACGUGUUCCACCUGGCCAACCCUCACCCCAACCACCUGAAGGACAACAUCAAACUCUGUCUCCAGACUGCAGACCAGAGAAAACUGAAGUCUGUUGCACUGCCUGCCAUUGGGACAGGAGGGAUCAAGAUCAGUCCAGACCAGUCAGCUAAAGGCAUGCUGGAUGGCAUUGCAGAGUUUGUACAACAGUGUAACCCCCAGACCCUGGGUCUGGUCCGGAUCACCAUCUUCCAGCCUCAAAUGCUGCAAGCAUUCCACUCAGAGAUGGACAACAGAGCAAAGAGCUCGGGUGUCAAGUUGACUGGGAUUAGCAGAGUCCUAGAGACAGUUAAAAAAGUUGCAAGGAAUGUCUCGAACAAGUUGAGACCGAGCACCAAGAAAGUGGCAUCUACACUGGGUUUCACUUCCUGGGAUGGGACAACUGAUCCGACAUCUCCUUCAACUGAGUCGUCUGGACGUUCAGAGAUCCUACAGAUGAACUUUUUUGGUGCCGACCAAAGAAGCAUUGACUCUGCCAAAAGGAAGGUUGAAGGUCUUGUGACAGAGAAGUCGAAAAAUGAAGUGAUUGAGAAUGCAGCGAUAGCUCAGCUCACACCAGAGGAAAUCAGACUGCUGGUGGCGUAUGGACGUCAAAGAAACGUACACCUCACUGUCGAACAAGGUGCACGCCAUCGCAUCUGCAUCCAGGGCACCAGUGACAUGACAUCAUCAGUCAUCUCCAAAGUCUGGGAAGUUUUAAGCAUCAAGAUUGAGGAGAGUAGGAAGUUUGAAUCAGCUCUGUCCUUGCAAAAGGAUGUACAGUGGUGUUACGAAAAGCCAGAUGGCUCCUAUCGGGAGUUUGACCCCUUGGUCAAUGCAGAAAUUGAGGAGGCCUUCCAGGCUAAGAGACCAAAGGUGCAAUAUGAAGAUGAAGGAGAGAAAUACGAGCUAGACUUCCAAUCCAAACAGGAGAGUAAUCUGUCGACUGGUGCCGUGACCAAGGUCCGCAGAGAUGACUUGAGAGCUGAUACAGGUGCAGGGUUGCCUGCAGGUUGGGACCCCCAGCCGACUGACCCAAGGACAGGAACCCCCCAACUGUGCCACCUGGUAAAACUGGCCCCAAACUCACCCGAGUACAACACAGUCUAUGUUAAACUUGGACCUACUGGUAACAGACUGAACAUGGUGAAUAUUGAGCGGGUACAAAACCCCACCCUUUGGAAGCAGUACUGUGUGCAGAAGGAGAAGUUCAGUCAGAAAAACCCCACCAGGCAAAAUGAACAGGAACUGUGGCAUGGUUCACCAGCACAGUCCUGUGUGAAGAUAUGUCACCAUGGCUUCAACAGAAGUUAUGCUGGAAUGAAUGCCACCGCCUAUGGUAAGGGCACCUACUUUGCCAGGGAUCCUGCCUACUCAGCAGGAGGAUAUGCCACCCCUGAUGCUAAUGGAGUGAAACGGCUCUUUCUGGCCAAGGUUCUUACGGGAGAGUAUGUCAGGGGAGACCCCAGCAUGAUUGUUCCUCCUACUAGACCAGGAGGGAAUCCUCUGGACACCUAUGAUUCCACUGUGAAUAACGUUAAUAAUCCAGCUAUUUUCUGUGUGUAUCACGAUGCUCAGGCAUACCCAGAAUAUUUGAUAACAUUUAUGUAACUCUCAACUUUUCAUUGAAGACAGUUUAUGAAAAAGGUAAAAAAUCACCACAUUUCUUUAAGGU